CACACACACACACACACGCACCCACAGAUCCAGUGGCUGCUCUGUAUAUCUCACACUCACCCACUCAUCUCCUCUCUCUCUCUCUCUCUCUCUCUCUGUCUCGCUCCCUCUGUCUCUCACUCCGCUCCUCUGGGCUCCUCUGCAUCCUUGUUGCUUCUUCUCACAAGUCAGAUUGUGUUUGUAAGUGCAGGCUGGAUGUCUUCCUGUGCAUGGUAGGGUUUCAUUAGCUCUUCAUGCAUGUGUGAGUGACUGUUCGUCUUCAUUAGUGUGUCUAUGCAGAGCAGAGAGAAGGAUCAAGUGUAUGUGGAUCUUUGUCUUGCCCUCAAACACUUGCCGGUCCUCUUGCAACUUUCCUCGGGAUCUGUGGGUCCCUUUCCUCGGUGACAGGCUCCCCACACCCAGCAGUCACCAUUUCCGCCCCCGGGAGACCCACGCUGGCAGCGCAGCCCCUUCCCCGACUCAGCAUCGGGAGGAAGACCCUGGUGGCGGCUGCCGUAGGGGUUAUGCUGGUCCUGGUGCUGGUGGUCCUCAUCCCGGUGCUCGUCAGCUCUGUGGGAACAGAUGCCAGCCACUAUGAGAUGCUGGGCACCUGUCGGAUGGUGUGCGACCCCUACUUGAACAAGGGCACCCCGGCCAGCAGCACCAGCUCCACUGGGCUCCAAGCGGAGGCAGAGGCACUGAGUGACCACAGCAACGUACUUCCACCCUCCACCUUACUGCAGGGCCCACAGGGGAAGCCCGGACGGCCAGGCAAGCCGGGACCACCAGGACCGCCAGGAGAACCAGGGCCACCGGGACCAGCAGGGCCUCCUGGAGACAGAGGGGAUCAAGGGAGGACUGGGAUUUUGGGUCUUGGGGGGAAUGGAGCUAUCAGCACUGCUACCUACAGCACGGUGCCUCGGGUGGCCUUCUAUGCGGGGCUUAAGAACCCCCAUGAAGGCUACGAGAUCCUCAAGUUUGACGACGUGGUCACCAACCUGGGCAACAACUAUGAUGGCAUCUCUGGCAAGUUCAUCUGCAGCAUCCCGGGCACAUACUUCUUCAUCUACCACGUGCUGAUGAGAGGAGGGGAUGGCACCAGCAUGUGGGCAGACCUCUGCAAAAACGGCCAGGUCCGUGCCAGCGCCAUCGCCCAAGAUGCUGACCAGAACUACGACUACGCCUCAAACAGCGUCAUCCUCCACCUGGAUGCAGGAGAUGAGGUUUACAUCAAACUGGACGGAGGAAAAGCCCAUGGAGGCAACAACAACAAGUACAGCACCUUCUCUGGCUUCAUCCUCUACGCAGACUGAGAGACAGACAGACAGAGAGACAGUCAGACAGACAGAGAUUAAGAUAUGAAGUUGUACAACAAUGGGAGGGAGGGGUGUGUGUGUUAAAAGCUGGAAUGCUUUCUAGUUUUCCUAAUUCUCUCCAUCAUCACGGACACCUCUGCUUCGUAUCCAUCAGCCGAGACGUCUGGGCUCUGUAGCCAAGCCUGGACGGGGACACACUGAGAGGGGCCAGGGGCAGGAGGCAUGGCAGGACAUGUUUUCUCUGCACUCCUCGCCGUAAUGCCGACGUGUCAAGACACUCCUCGCUUUCUUUCAGUGUCUCUCCUCUUCAGCCCUGCUCCAUUGCACAGAAUUAUCAACAUGAAAAAUGAAAAAACCCUGCUAACGUGGAUGAUCUCACCUCUUCUCUCCACCAUGGCAACAGUCAGCUGUACCGUCAGUGGACUCGAUCGACUGAAACUCGUAGUGUUGUUCCGUGCAAUUUUCCCUUAGAGUGUGCUUUUAUUUUGUAGACAUGCAUUAUAUUCUACACAGAUGAGAUUAAAAAAAAAAAGGAAAAAAAAAGAAAGAAUAUAUUUGUCCCUUGUGAAGAUAUCUUGUUUGACUGAGAGAAGUGAAGAUGUGUUAUCUGUGAUGCAGCUUGGAGAUUUAAAAACCGAAAAAGAAACCUUUCUUAAUCGCUGGGUGCAACAAAGUAACUAUAUAUUGUCCAUGUGGGGAAUAACAAAACAUUCUGCACUGUACCUUCCCAACAAAGGAAGCAUUUCAUUGAGACAAUACCCUUUCCACACCUCACCACGACGCCCUAACACACAAACGCAUAAUAUCCUGCUGCUUUUCGGACUCGACGUAGAGUUUCAAUUCUCUUUUCGAUGUUCUAGUUUUAUGUAGACACUCGACUCAGCACAUCCAGUCGUUUGAUUAGACAGAGUAUUAAAAAAAAAGAAAAAAGAGAUACCCUAUUUAAAAAGCUCCCGUGCUUUAUUCCUCUUUGCUGUGCCGACCUUACAAGCCUUGUUACAUGUGGCUUCUGAAGAGGAUGGUGAGGAAGAGAAAGACAUCAUGACAUAGAGAGACAGGACAAGUUAGAAAUGACGAUUGGGGCUCAGACACACUAACAGUAAGUGUGCAAUAUUUUUCUGUUUCAGUGUCUGAGCUUCACUGGAUGUCAUCCAUUCAUUAGCUGCAUCUUCACUGACACACAGGCAUUGAUAAGGUUAUAUUUACUCAACAAGGCGGCCUGGCAGCUUGCUUAAAAAUGAAACGGAUUGGGUGAGUGACUUGGUCUGUUAUGACUGCAGGUUUGUGUGUGUGUGUGUGUGUGCGCGUGCGCGUGUGUGUUUGUAUGUGUGAGUACGUUUGUAGUGUCUGCAUUUUAGCAUGUGCUGUGCCGAUAGCUACACCAUUUUUUUUUUUUUUCUCCAGAGUUAUUCUGUGCUACAGCCAAUGAAAGAUAUUUUACUCAGCAGCCAAUGAGAUUGUGCUCUGUAGGGCGGGGAGCCUCUAUAGAUAGGAUGAGAAGAACAAACAGCUUGUAAAUGAAAUCUAUGACAUGUUUGUCUAUCUUAUCUUUUGGAAUCGUUGAAUACAUUUAAAUAAUAAAUGGGAUUUUUUGA